AUAUAAACAAAAACUAAAAUCAACUCCAAUAAGCUCAACACAUUGCAACAAGCUUCAUCUAGCAGCAGCAGCAGAGAGGGUUUUUGGGAAGAAGGUGGCAAUUGAAAAAUGGCGUCAAGAACACUAGAAAUAGAGAAGAUGAGUGUGGAGCAACUUAAAGCACUCAAAGAACAAGCCGAUCUAGAAGUGAACCUUCUUCAAGAUAGCCUCAAUAACAUCCGUACAGCAACUACUCGACUCGAAAUCGCAUCUAAUGCCCUUCAAGAUCUGUCACUACGCCCUCAAGGGAAGAAAAUGUUGGUGCCUUUAACAGCGUCGUUAUAUGUGCCGGGAACUCUAGAUGAUGCUGAUAAGGUUUUGGUAGAUGUCGGCACUGGAUAUUUUGUUGAGAAAACAAUGACAGAAGGAAAAGAUUACUGUGAGCGGAAAAUCAACCUGCUUAAGUCCAACUACGAGCAGCUUCUUGAUGUUGCGACGAAGAAGAAAAGUGUUGCUGAUGAAACUGGUCUUAUCUUGCAAGCUAAAUUAAGACAACUUGCUCAAGCACAAUAGAAAGGUCAACGCUCUGGAGGUCCCUUCGUUGAUAACUCAACGAGCUCAUGUGCCUCAAAAGAACUUUACGAGUACCAAAUUCUGUCUGAAUUAGUAUUACUGGAGCUGUGAAGUAGAAGUUCAACGAGUGUUCAACGUACCUCCCUCCCUUUCACCCUCACUUUUCGUGUUCUUUUUACCUUCCGCGAGAAAUCGUUGAUUGAUGAUCAUCUGUUCCAUUGUAGCAGACAUUUGGUUGAUUACAAGAAGUUUAUGAUUUACAUUGCAAAUGUCUUUUGGUGAGUGAAACCAUGGUACAAUUCUACUUUUGCUGCAUCUCAAGUUUCUAUUUCAACUAGUAUGUGUUUGAGUGUGUAUUGGAAGACGAAAGCUGUUGUUACGGUAAAAUUAUAACAUACUCAGUGUAAUUUCACGAGUCA